AUGUCUGCUUUCAACAACACCUCCAACAACAACACUACCUUAAAUCAACCUGGUCUCGAUGGCCGUAUCCAGCCUCCCGUUGGUGAAUUGAACGAAAACCACGGUAUUGCUGCCACUGGUUUGAACGAACCUCACACUCAUGCUACCAUUCCUACCACUCAAGGCACCACUGCUGAACGCCGCUCUGAUAACUUAAACUUCUCUGGCCCCCCAAUUGCUGGUAACAAGGUUGAUCAAGCCGGUUCUCACAACCCCUCUGCUACCAACCGUACUGCUGGUACUGGUAUUCCUCCCGUCAACACCGCUGAACACGCUAGACACAAUGCUGCUGAAGAGGCUCUCUCUGGCCAUCAUGGUCAUCAUAAUAACCAUCACAAUGUAGGUACUGGUGUUGGUGCUGCUGGCACUGCUGCUUCUGCCGCUGGUGCUGGCUAUGCUGCCGCUGAUAAGUUCUCUGGUGACCACCACAACACUACCGGUACUGGUCUUACUGGAUCUCACCAUAACACUACCGGCACUGGUAUUACUGGUUCUCAUCACAACACUGCUGGUACUGGCAUUACUGGAUCUCGCCAUGACACUACCGGCACUGGCAUUACUGGAUCUCACCAUGACACUACCGGCACUGGCAUUACCGGCGAUCGCUACAACACUACUGGUACUGGCCUUACUGGCGACCACCAUCACAAAGAUCACAACCUCACUGGUGCUUCUGCUGUCAAGGGUGAUCACGGUGCCUCUCACCACAAUCAGCAUGCUCAUAUCGGUCAUGAUGCCACUCAUACUGGUGCCGGUGCUACUGCUACUGGUGCUACUGGUGCUGCUACUGGUGCUACUGGUACUACUGGUGCUACUGGUGCUGCUACUGGUGCUGCUACUGGUGCUGCUACUGGUGCUACUGGUGCUGCUACUGGUGCCACUAGACACGCUGGUGAACCUCAACAUGAAGGUCUCCUUCCCCACAAGAACAAAGAACAUCACGCUACUUCUGGUAACCACCCCACUGCCUCUGAUGAUGCUGAAGGUAAGGCCUCUGCUGGUGACAAGAUUAAGGGUAACCUUGAGAAGAUUGCUGGUAAGAUCACUGGUAACGAAGCCAAGGUCGCUGCUGGUGAGAAUAAGGCUGCUGGUCGCACUUAA